UAUCUGCAUGCAUGUACGUGAGCCAGCAUGCAGACGCAGAGAGGAAAUACAGGUUUUUCACGCUUAGGGUUUUGUUUUUGCCUGAUCAUUUCUGGAGUUGCACUACAGGCAGUGGACAACGUGGAGGGAAAUAUGAUAGCUUCUGAGGAAACCAUCCGUCACUCCUUGUCUCUGUGUGCUGGAGAACAACAAUAUAUUGACAGGAGAAAAGAAACUGUUCGACAGGCAUUGAGCAAUCUGCAGAUCAACUGUAAUGCGGAUUUAGUCCCUCACAUCGCCCUGGUGGCUUCUGGUGGGGGUCAGAGGGCAGCUGUGAGUCUGAUAGGCUUCCUGUAUCAGCUGGAAAAGGAAGCCAUGCUGGACACUUUGCUCUACAUAGGAGGAGUUUCUGGGUCAACAUGGUCCAUGGCCUUCCUGUACAAUGACCCUCAGUGGAGCUCCAACAUGGAUGAAGCGGUGUCCAAGCUGCUGGGUCCUGGGGUGGAGCUGGAGCACGCUGUGGCCUGGUUGACUGAAAAGUCCAAGGAGGAGGAUUUCUCUCUCACUGACAUCUGGGGGGUUCUGACCUCUGCUGGCAUCAUGAAACAGAUGGAUAAACGGCGUCUUUCAGAGGAGGUCAGCAGGAACGUCACCAACCCCUACCCCGUCUACUGCGCUCUGGAGAAACACUGCUACUCACAUGGGCCGUUACAAGGUAAAUGGUUUGAGGUGAGCCCUCAUGAGGCAGGAUUCACAGAGCUGAACCUCUUUGUUGAAACGUCACUGUUGGGCAGCAAGUUUCACAACGGGGAGCUGAUGGAGAAGAAACCAGAGAUGGACAUGAUCAGACUACAGGGAAUUUUAGGCUGUGCACUGGCUCAUGAGGAAGUUAUCAGAGAUGUGAUCCCUCCCUGGCUUAAUGUGCCCACAGAUGAUGUAACCAUGGAAUACCUGCGUGUGUACAACGUGCUCAGAAACCUGAUAACUCUCGUUUCAAGCACCAUUCAGGAUCCUACUGCCCUGUCUGAGCUCGACAAGUUGCAGAAAAUCCUACAUGACAAGGUGCAUCAUAAUGAGUCAGUUCUGCUGGAGUCGCUGAGUCCAGAAGAAAGAAAAACUCUGUUCCAACAGUGGAGUGUUGGACUGGUGGGGGCAGUGGACACCUGGGGCCAGGGUUUGGAGGAUGGAGCUUUCAAAACAUCAGUUUCUUUCCUUACAAAGCAAGUCCUUCCUCUUAUUUUGAAGUGGGAGUGGGGAACAACCAGCAACUUCCUCUAUCAGUUCCAGAAUAAUUCAGUUCCUGAUUGUCUCCAGACUAAAGAAGAAUUUCACCUGAUCGAUGCAGGGCUGCUGAUCAACAUGGCCUACCCGUCAUUCCUAGGAGAGAAGAGAGACAUCGACCUCAUCAUUGCACCAGAGUCUAGUGCUGGAAUUAUGUUUGAGACUCUGAUUCUUGCCAGGGACUAUGCAGCUGAAGUGAAUAAACCCUUCCCACAGAUAGAUGAUAAAAUCCUGGAGGAGAGCGACUGGCCGAAGGACUGCUACGUGUUUGAGGGAAAAGAAAAGGAGCCGACCAUCAUCUACAUGCCGCUUUUCAACCAGCAAAACUGCAAAGAUGCAGAGGAGGUCAGAGCAAAGAUGAAGGAGUUCUCCACUUUCCGGCUGCCCUUCAAUCAGGAGAAGAUUAACUUCCUUUUGGAGACGGCCAAAACUAACAUGAAGAACAACAGGGAGAUUGUGCUGAGAGAGAUGAGGAAAGCUGCUCUUUGUCGAAUGAGGAAGAUGAGCGUAUGAGUCUGUGGGAAGGUGCAGGGUAGCAAAAUGAGUCAGACAGAGAGAUAAAAGGAUUCAAGAUUCUCUCUCAGCUUAUAAAUGUAUAAUCUGAAAACUCACUGUGUCGUCCAAAUAGGUGAUGGGGAAAAAAAUCUGAAUAACAGCAGUUAAGGAUCUGAAUGUAUAAUACUAAGAAAUGUCUUCACAUUGCAUUUUUAUGACAUGUUUUCUUUGAUUUUUGUUGGUUUGGAGAAAUGUUAUAUAAAGGAUUUCACACUGAUGUUAGAAUGCAUGAUUCACCUUAUUAUGAUUAUGAGCAGUACGGUUUUGUAACCAAUAACAUUUAUAAUGUGAGUUAUUACAUUAUUAGCCUAAUAUAAAAGUAUGUAAAAAAAAAAAAAAAAAAAACCCACUGCAUUUCUUGGGAAUAAAAUUUACUAGCUCAAAAACUGAUGUCAUGUUAAAAACUUUCCUUGUUGCUGGCAAAUUGUAGUGUUUGUCUUUAUUACA